UCUGGUUCAUUCCAUUCUUCUGUUUAUUUCAAAUUGUUUUAUUUUAAUGACAGUGUUUCAGCCACAAUUACAGCUUUAAAAAAUAUGGAGUCGUUGCGUUUUUUAGUGACUAUCAUAACAUUUAGUUUAUUACAUUUGCUUCUAAUAUCGUCUGCGCCUUUGGAUGAAGAGAAGUUACUUCGACAAAUUGCUACUCAAUACAGCGCUUCAAUGGCCGUGUCAUUUCUGCAUUCUAGGAUUGAAAGCAAUGAACGAUUGGUCGAGAAAAUUGUCAGUGAAUUGGGCAAAAAUUUGGACCAAUCGAAACGUGAUUCAUACACUUUGAUAGAGAAAAGUUUCGAGGCUUUGGAUAAGCAAUUGAUGGGAUUACAGCAUGCUGGUUACUUUGAGUUGGAUGGAACUGAAAAGGUGGAAUAUUUCAUUGAACAAUUUACAAUGUUGAGCCAAUUGUAUCCAAUCAAAGUGAAGUCCAGUGAAUUUGACAAAUUCAAUUCAACUCCUGAUGAUUUGUUGGAAUUUUUUUCAGUCAAAGGCACGGAUCAAGUGAUCAUAGAAACUCAACAACUUAUUGAUGUUUUCAUAAAAGUAAUGGAAGAGAAAGAAUCAAGUUCAGAAAAUAAUGAACUACAAAAGCUAGUUGCUACUGUAACUAAAAGCAAACUUCAAUUUUUGGCUAAUUUCAAGUACAGUGAACGCAAGCAAAAUCAUUUCGGACACGAUACAUAUCCAUAUUUUAUGUAUAACAAUGCAUCUGAUUAUUUUAGCAGCGGAAUCGAUCAUCGUACACUUGAAGUUGAAAAGGUUUUGCGACAGUUAAAGAUGGUUUUGGACCUUUUCUAUGCUCAAUUCGAGUAUCUCCGAAAUUGAUGCUGAAUAGUGCAGUAACACUGGAAAAUCAAAAGAUUAUCUUAUAAUAAAGAGUCGAUUUUUCAUAAUCUCUCUGAUUUAAUCAAUCAA